CAGCGGUUCAUCUCUCUGCGGGAACACACUUAAAACACACACUUACACACGCUUCCUCCACACACACACUUUUACAUAUCUACGGGACUUAUCUUUGUUGAGAAAUCUCUAAGAACUAAAGACAGAAUGGAUGCUUCCCAGCUUUUCUUUAUACUGCUCUUCUACGGAUUUCUGCCAAAAGUGUUUUCGGGGCAGAUGUGCGACGUGGUGAACGAGAUCGAGCUGGAGAAGGAGCGCUGUGAGGACAGCAGCUUCGGGAACGUCACUUCAGGGUGCCAGGGCAUGUGGGACAUCAUCGCCUGCUGGCCCUCAGCCAGCGUCGGGGAGGUGGUUACAAUAACCUGCCCGACCUACUUCAGCUACUUCAGCGACGAGCACAAAGGUAACCUCUCCAAAACCUGCACAGCAGAUGGCUGGACUGAAAUGCAUCCUAUUGACAUCGCCGUGAACUGUGGAUACAAUCUCAACAGCACCAGCGACGAUGGCAAGUUUUUCUGGCAAGUGAAGAUCGGCUACACCAUCGGCCACAGUGUUUCCCUCAUAUCUCUGACCACAGCUAUUGUGAUCCUCUGCAUCUUCAGGAAGCUCCACUGCACGAGGAACUACAUCCACAUGCAUCUGUUCGUGUCGUUCAUCCUGAAGGCCAUCGCCGUCUUCAUCAAGGACGUCGUCCUCUACGAGGUCGGCGAGGUGGACAACUGCUCCUCCUCGGGCUCCUCCUUUCCCAGGCGGCUGGCAAGGUGGUGAUUUGUGUUCUUCCAGUACUGCAUAAUGGCCAGCUUCUUCUGGCUGCUGGUGGAAGGUCUCUAUCUGCGCUUGCUGGCCGUCUCUUUCUUCUCCGAGAGGAAAUACUUCUGGGCUUACAUCCUGAUCGGCUGGGGAGGGCCGAUGGUCUUCAUCACAGCGUGGAGCAUCCUCAAAGCCUACUUUAACGACGUGGGGUGCUGGGAUAUAAUCGAGAACACUGAUGUCUUCUGGUGGAUCAUUAAAACCCCGAUUUUGGCGUCAAUCUUGAUGAACUUUAUUCUAUUCAUCUGCAUCAUACGAAUACUUCGCCAGAAAAUCAACUGUCCUGAUAUUGGAAGAAACGAGUCCAACCAGUACUCGAGGCUGGCGAAAUCUACGCUGCUCCUGAUUCCUCUGUUUGGGAUCAACUUCAUCGUGUUUGCAUUCAUCCCUGAGCAAGUGAAGACCGAGUUGAGGCUGGUUUUCGACUUGAUUCUGGGGUCAUUUCAGGGCUUUGUGGUGGCUGUUCUUUACUGCUUCCUGAACGGAGAGGUGCAAGCUGAGAUCAAGAGGAAGUGGCGGAGGUGGCACCUGCAGAGAUACAUGGGCUCCGACACCAAAUACCAACAUCCGUCCAUCGGCAGCAGCAACAACUUCAGCACCCAGAUCACCAUGAUGACCCGCUGCAGCCCCAAAACACGGAGGACUUCUUCCUCCUGCAACGACGACCUGUCUUGCAUAUGACUCGCACAAAAAGUGAGAGAGACAUUCAUGCUGUACAACAAACUCUCGUGCCAAAUAUAGGACAGAAAAGGACGCAACCAAACACCCUAGUUAGCACAUCUGCUAACGUGUUGCUUGAGUGUGACUUGGACAAAGUAAAGUGAUAAGAAAACAGUGAGACAGCUUUUAAUCUCCAUGCUUCUUAAAAAAAAAGUGACA